CCGCCUCCUUCUGCUUCUGCUUUGCCUAAAUAAGGGCGCCUCCUCCUCCUCCUCCGCCUCCGCCGCCGAGGCUGCUCUCGGUCCCUCCAUGGCGCCCCCCGCAGGCAGCCGGCCCUAGAGGCCCCUCCGAGGAGGAGGAGGAAGAGGAGCCCGAGGAAGCCCUGGCCCUGGGCCCCCCCCUGCUCUCCCUGCUGCUGGGGGCCUCGGGGGCCCCUCCAUGGGCCCGGAGGAUGCCGGUCCGCCGCGGGCACGUGGCCCCCCAGAACACCUUCCUCGACACCAUCAUCCGCAAGUUCGAGGGGCAGAGCCGGAAGUUCAUCAUUGCCAAUGCCCAGGUGGAGAACUGCGCCAUCAUCUACUGCAACGAUGGCUUCUGUGAGUUGUGCGGCUACACGCGGGCAGAGGUCAUGCAGCGGCCCUGCACCUGCGACUUCCUCCAUGGACCUUGCACCCAGAAGAGUGCUGCGGCCCAGAUUGCCCAGGCCCUGAUGGGCUCCGAGGAGCGCAAGGUGGAGAUCUCCUUCUAUCGGAAAGAUGGCAGCUGCUUCCUCUGCCUGGUGGACGUGGUGCCGGUGAAGAACGAGGAUGGGGCCGUCAUCAUGUUCAUCCUGAACUUCGAGGUGGUGAUGGAUCGGGACCUGCUGACCAGUCCAGUCAAGAACACCAACCACUGGGUCUCCCCGGCCGCUUGGCUCCCCACAGGCCGUGGCAAGUCCUUCCGGCUGAAGCUGCCGGCGCUGCUGGCUCUGGCGGGCAGCAAGCAGUCGCUCCCACAGGAUGACCCGGACGAGGCAGUGGUGGUGGACUUCUCCAAGCAGAGCAGCGAGUCAGUGGCCCUGGACGAGGUCACCUCCUCCCUGGACAACCAUUGCCUAGGAUGCGGGGGGCCUGGGGAAGACCGCCAGGCCCUGAUGCAGCCCGAGGGGGAGGAGAAUGGAGGAGGCGGAGGGGGCUUGGAGCCCCCAGUCACCCACUCCUCGCCCCGGACAGAGAAGGCCCGGCUCAACCUGGAUGCUUCCUUCUCCAACUGCAGCCUGACGCGCAGCCGCUCGCGCGAGAGCUUCUACAGCGUGCGCCGGGCCUCCUCCGUGGACGACAUUGAGGCCAUGAAGGGCGAGAGCGAUAAGGGCCGGGGCCACAGCCGCCAUGCCAGCACAGGUGCCAUGAACAACGUCCGGAGCCACUUGCUCAACUCCACCUCCGACUCGGACCUCAUGCGCUACCGGGCCAUCAGCAAGAUUCCCCAGAUCACCCUCAACUUUGUGGACUUCAAGGCGGAGGCCUUCCUGACCUCACCCUCCAAUGAGAAGGAGAUCAUCGCCUCCAGCAAGCUCAAGGACCGUACACACAACGUCACCGAGAAGGUCACCCAGGUCCUGUCUCUGGGCGCUGAUGUCCUUCCGGAAUACAAGCUCCAGGCCCCGCGGAUCCACAAGUGGACGAUUCUUCACUACAGCCCCUUCAAGGCGGUCUGGGAUUGGCUGAUCCUGCUGCUGGUCAUCUACACAGCCAUCUUCACCCCCUACUCUGCGGCCUUCCUGCUGAACGACAAGGAUGAGCCGGCACGGCGCUCCUGCGGCUACUCCUGCAGCCCCCUCAACGUGGUAGACCUCAUUGUGGAUAUCAUGUUCAUCAUCGACAUCCUGAUCAACUUCCGGACCACCUAUGUCAAUGCUAACGAGGAGGUGGUCAGCCACCCAGCCAAGAUCGCCAUCCACUACUUCAAGGGCUGGUUCCUCAUCGACAUGGUGGCCGCCAUCCCCUUUGACCUGCUGAUCUUUGGCUCCGGGUCUGAGGAGACCACCACCCUGAUCGGGCUGCUGAAGACGGCACGGCUGCUGCGUCUGGUGCGCGUGGCCCGCAAGCUGGACCGCUACUCUGAGUACGGGGCGGCCGUCCUAUUCCUACUGAUGUGCACCUUUGCCCUGAUUGCGCACUGGCUGGCCUGCAUCUGGUACGCCAUCGGGAACAUGGAGGGCAAGACCAUCGGCUGGCUCCAUUCGCUCGGCAGCCAGAUUGGGAAGCCCUUCAACGACUCAACGCCUCACCUGGGACCCUCCAUCAAGGACAAGUACAUCACGGCCCUCUACUUCACCUUCAGCAGCCUCACCAGCGUGGGCUUCGGCAACGUCUCCCCCAACACCAACCCAGAGAAAAUCUUCUCCAUCUGCGUCAUGCUCAUCGGCUCGCUGAUGUACGCCAGCAUCUUCGGGAACGUCUCAGCCAUCAUCCAGCGGCUCUACUCCGGCACGGCCCGCUACCACACCCAGAUGCUGCGAGUGCGGGAGUUCAUUCGCUUCCACCAGAUCCCCAACCCAUUGCGCCAGCGGCUGGAGGAGUACUUCCAGCACGCCUGGUCCUACACCAAUGGCAUCGACAUGAAUGCGGUGCUGAAGGGCUUCCCAGAGUGCCUCCAGGCAGACAUCUGUCUCCACCUGAACCGGAGCCUCCUGCAGAACUGCCGGCCCUUCAAGGGGGCCACCAAGGGCUGCCUGCGGGCCCUGGCCAUGAAGUUCAAGACCACCCACGCUCCCCCGGGGGAUACCUUGGUCCAUGCCGGGGACGUCCUCACCGCCCUCUACUUCAUCUCCCGCGGCUCCAUCGAGAUCCUGCGCGGCGACGUGGUGGUGGCCAUCCUAGGGAAGAAUGAUAUCUUUGGGGAGCCACUGAACCUGUAUGCGCGGCCUGGCAAGUCGAAUGCAGACGUGCGAGCCCUGACCUACUGCGACCUGCACAAGAUCCACCGGGAAGACCUGCUGGAGGUGCUGGACAUGUACCCCGAGUUCUCCGACCACUUUUGGUCCAACCUGGAGAUUACCUUCAACCUACGAGAUACAAACAUGAUCCCAGGCUCACCGAGCAGCGAUGAAAUGAACGGCGGCUUCAACCGCUUACGCCGCCGCAAACUCUCCUUCCGCCGGCGGACCGAGAAAGACGAGGAGAAGACGGGAGACUCUAUGAGGGCCCCCCAGAAGGCACUGCACCUGGGCCAGAACUGCCAGGGCCUCGGGGGGCCACCCAGGUGGGACCCUUGCCUCAGCAGCUCAGCGGCCUCCAGCCCACCCUCGAGCGAUGAAGAGGAGGAUGGCCACGUCCCACUCCCCAGCGCCACAGAACUGCCAUCGCCUUUCGGGCCGGCCAUGACCCCUGAUGAGCCCCCCUCCCCUCUUCCGGCUGAGCAGAAGGGCAGCGACCCCUGCAACCCUCUCUCAGGGGCCUUUUCGGGCGUCUCCAACAUCUUCAGCUUCUGGGGAGAGGGCCGGGAGCGUCAGUACCAGGAGCUGCCCCGCUGCCCGGUCCCUCCACCCACUGCCCUCAACAUCCCCCUGACCGGCACCAACCCCUUGAGCCACCGGCACCGAUCCGAGCUGGAGGGCCGCAUGGACCUGCUCCAGAAGCAGCUCAACAGGCUGGAGAGCCGCUUGACCGCAGAUGUGGCAGCCAUCCUGCAGCUCCUGCAGCGCCAGGCAGUGUUGGUGCCACCCGCCUACAGCACAGUCUCAUCUCCUCUUCCUCCACCACCACCACCUCCGGCCCCUGAGACAGCCCCCGGGGAUCGGCCCCUGCUGGCCGGCCCCACAGAGGUUCAGGCGCUGCACAUCCCGGCUCAGGUCCCAGACUUCCUGGCCCCCUGCCUGGACCCAGUGGCCUACCUUGGCAAGGGCGAUGUGGUGCUGUUGGUGGAGCCCCCGCUGCCCAUCCCCCGGCGCCUCUCUCUGCCCGGUCAGCUGCCACCCGCCACCCUCACGGACUCCUGCACGGACUUACACAGACACUGCUCGGACCCGGGCAGUUAAUGGCCUGUUGAGUGAGGCCCCGGUGGAGGGGCUGCUCUGGGAGUCGGGUACCACCCCCCCACCAUCUUGUGGGCAGGGGGGGCCCUCAGGCCUUCUGAGGAAGGCCGUUCUGGGCUGUGGCCAGGUGAGGGUCCAGCCCACACUCGCUCUGCUGUUAGCCGGCCUAACAGGGAUGGGCCAGCAGCCAGGGUGACCACUGGCCGGUGAGCUGGCAAGGACUAUUCAUGGACAGACGGUCUGCUUGCAGGGAUAGUGGUAAUAACAAGUAACAACAGAUAAUAAUAUUAAUACUGAUAAGGGUUAGAACUCCCCCCCCUCCUUGUGACCCCAGACAUAUCUAUCACCUGAGACCAGCAGGACAUGCAGAGGCAUCCGGCAAUGGCAGAGGUGGCCAGAGGAGGGGGAGUGAGCCGCCAUUUGCCCCUCCAGCAACCCUAACCAUCCAGACUGGGGGGGGG